UGAAGUAGACUCAUGCCCCAAGAUUGGGCGCGGAGGGAACUUAAGAGAUUAUGAUGAAGUGGGGAGCUUCCCCAGACAAAAUUUCUCUGCUUUUAGUAGGAAUCGAAUUUGAACAACCCAUUUACGAAUUUUGCAAUGGCAAUUGCAUUACACCAGCUAUGUGGCUUGCCUACUUGUACAAAUUCGGUCCUCUCUCACUCUAGAGCUACAAUCGGAAUGCCGCAUUUGUCGCAAUUACGAGUCAAAAGAUGCAAGAUAAGAAAUAAGAGGCGGUUGGGUGAGUGCAGAGCAAGCAUGGGAAGCACCACAUCAAUUGCCGCUUCAAUUUAUGCCAAAGACAUGGAACGCAUUGCUGCUAAAGAAUCUCUCUUUCUUGCUAUUAAAGAUGCUGGGGGUUUAGAUGUAAUUCCUUCUGGCAAAGCUACUGACAUAGAGCGCAUUGACAUAAAUGAAAGAGUUAUUGCUCUUGAACGCCUCAACCCUACACCUCGACCAACUACGUCACCAUUUCUUGAAGGUUCUUGGCGGUUUCAGUGGUUUGGAGGAGGUAGUCCUGGGAUGUUGGCUGCAAAUUUUUUGCUUGAGACAUUUCCGUCUGCCCUGGCAUCAAUCAAGGAAUUGGAUCUUCUUAUCAUGGAUGGAUAUGCGAAAGCCUCUGCAGGCCUUAAGUUAUUGAGCUUGGUUGAAAGCAAUUUCAUCUUGACAACCAAGCUCACUAUAGAAGGGCCUCUUAGAAUGAAAGAAGAGUAUGUUGAAGGAGUAAUCGAAAUGCCAAAUGUUCCUGUAAGCUCUAUACCUACUCAAUUCAAGGAUACAUAUGGGCAAGUUCUUAAUGCACUUGAGCAACUCCCUACCCCAUUGAAGGAGACAUUGUCUAAUGGAGUCAAGAUCCCUCUAAGUGGGACAUUUGAAAGGAUGUUUAUCAUAUCAUAUCUCGACGACGAAAUGAUGAUUGAAAGGGACAUUAAUGGAGUGGCAAGCAUUCUUUCUCGACCAGAUGGCAAUGUUGUAUUGCAAGUAGAGACUGUUACAGAAUACGAUAGUUGAAUCAUCAAACAAGAAAGUUCAUUUCAUUAUUUGAGAUCCCGAAACAAAUGAGAAUAGUUACGUUCUCAUCCUUCCAUUGUUUAAUGCAGUACAGAGUCACAGACAAUGUUUUCUUCUGACUUGAGCUCAGGAAGGCAUUUUGAUUUUAUGAUCUUGAGGAGAUUUACAGAGACAAUUAGACAAACGAAAGCAGUUUUGUUGUAUGUUAGUUUUUGAAAUUUAAUUCAUUCAUGAUUAAAGUUUUAA